CGUCAGGCUGCAUAGCGCAGCAGUGCGGGUAGACGGAGCUGCCGCCCGCAUCCCAUACAGGACAGGCGCAGCGUGAGGACAACCGGCGUUACCGGCACAAUGCGACUCGUACACCCGGCUGCUACGUGCCCACAUGUUACACGCCGCAUCAUACUCAUGGUGCGUAGUGUGCUGUAUAGAAGGGCACACGGGACAAGGCAGGCCGGGACAAAUAUGCGACAACAGCGAUCAACCAGCCUGUACCUCCCGGAAAGAGAGGAAUAGGAGAGAGUGAGACCGCCCCUCCCCGUGCUGCCGGCGGUGGGUGUACCCGGUGCGCUACGUGCGUCACUGCCGGCGUCGGCGGCGGCUGCUUCCUUCCUGUGCGGCGUUGCAGAUACGUUCUCCUGUGACAGCGAUGGCGGCGUUACCUCCGAUCUCCGCUCCGGUCGCCCCCUCCCGCCCCGCCGCCGGUGGUAUCCUUAUUGGGGAUCGGCUCUACUCCAAGGUCUCCCUCACCAUCGACAACUCCAUCGUCCCCGAUGAGCGCCUCUCGCCGACCCCCUCCAUGCAGGACGGCCUGGACUUGAACGCCGAGACCGACCUGCGCAUCCUGGGCUGCGAACUCAUCCAGUCCGCUGGCAUUCUGCUGCGGAUGCCGCAGGUGGCGAUGGCUACCGCCCAGGUGCUCUUCCACCGCUUCUUCUACUCCAAGUCCUUCGUCAAACACAGCUUUGAGAUUGUUGCCAUGGCUUGUAUCAAUCUCGCUUCCAAAAUAGAAGAAGCUCCAAGACGAAUUAGAGAUGUGAUAAAUGUAUUUCAUCACUUACGCCAGAUAAGAGCUAAACGGAACCCAAGUCCACUGAUACUUGAUCAAAACUACAUAAACACCAAAAAUCACGUAAUCAAGGCGGAACGGAGAAUAUUGAAAGAGUUGGGAUUUUGUGUUCAUGUGAAACAUCCACACAAGAUCAUUGUUAUGUACCUUCAAGUCUUAGAAUGUGAACGGAAUCAAACCCUUGUUCAAACAGCCUGGAAUUACAUGAAUGAUUGCCUCCGAACCAACGUGUUUGUCAGGUUUGAUGCAGAAACUAUUGCCUGUGCCUGUAUUUAUCUUGCUGCUAGAGCCUUGCAGAUUGCUUUACCCAAUAAACCACACUGGUUUUUACUUUUUGGAGCUACUGAGGAAAACAUUCAAGAUGUCUGUGUCACAACUAUGAGACUUUACAGUAGGAAAAAGCCAAACUAUGAUUUUUUGGAAAAAGAAGUGGAGAAGCGAAAAGUGACACUGCAGGAAGCUAAACUAAAAGCGAAGGGAUUAAAUCCUGAUGGAACACCUGCACUUUCCACCAUGGGAGGAUUCUCUCCAGCAUCUAAACCAUCAUCUCCAAGAGAAAUAAAAGCUGAAGAAAAAUCUCCAAUAUCUGCAAAAGUCAAACGUGAGGCUGAGGAGAAGCAGUCGUUGAAGAGUCCAUACAAUGGGUUGCGAAAAGAAAAUAAAAGAAGCCGAAGUGGAAGCAGAUCAAGAUCCAGAACAAAAUCCAGAUCCCGCUCUCCACGAAGACAUUAUAAUAACAGACGGAGCCGAUCCGGAACCUACAGUUCAAGGUCAAGAAGCAGAUCUCGUAGCCACAGUGAGAGUCCGCAUAGACAUCAUAAUCAUGGAUCUCCACAUUUCAAACCCAAGCAUCAUGGGGAUGAUAUGAGGGGGUCAAACAGACAUGGUCAUAAAAGGAAAAAAUCCCGUUCUCCCACACCAGGCAAAUCAAGAGAACAUGGGGAUCCCUCCAAGAAGCACAGGCAUGACCGUGGCCAUCAUAGAGACAGACAGGAAAGGUCUCGUUCUUUUGAAAGGUCACACAAAAGUAAACAUCAUGGCAGUGGCCAUUCUGGACAUGGCAGACACAGGCGCUGAAUGCUACCCUAGACAACAAGGGAAAAUCAAUCUUUUCACUGUUUAUGGACUUUGUAAUGAAGAUUUUGUAAUAAAACUAUUUGAGUACAAA